AUGGUUUUUGAAAAUUUAGUCGCUUAUUUACUUGACAAAUAUUUGAGCGAUUAUAUCGAAAAUUUAGAUACAAAAAAGCUCAAAGUUGAUUUAUGGAGCGGCAAUGUGGUUUUGGAAAAUCUUUAUCUAAAACCAAAUGCAUUAGCUGAUUUAAAUCUUCCUGUAACUAUAUCUUUGGGCUAUCUUGAAAAGUUAACACUUCAAGUUCCAUGGAAAAAUAUAUAUACACAGUCAACAAAAGCAACAAUCGAUGGACUUUUUUUAUUAGUUGUACCAAAAACUGAAGUUGAAUAUGAUGCUAAACGUGAUGAAAAAGAACAACAUGAAGCAAAAAUGAAAGAAGUUUAUCAGAUUGAAGAACUUCGCAAAGAACAAGAAGCUAAAAAAAAUGCUAAAUCAUCUGAUAAAAAUAAUGAUACAUUUAUGGAACGUAUGCAAUUACAAGUUAUACGAAAUUUAGAAUUAUCUAUUCGAAAUAUACAUGUUGUCUAUGAAGAUAAAUCAACAAAACCUAAUCAUCCAUUUGCUUUUGGAUUUACACUUAAUUAUAUUACAUUACACACAACAACUCCAGAUUGGCAACCAACAAUACUUAAAGAAGAUACACCAUUGAUUCAUAAACUUGGUGAUUUAAGUGCUUUGUCAAUUUAUUGGAAUACCAAUGCUCAAUCACGAUCUGGAUUAUCAAGAGAUGAAGCUCUUAAAAAUCUAAGACAAAGAAUAGCAGUUAAUAAUCAACAAGCACCAACUGAUAUAGCAUAUAUUCUUCGACCACUAAAUAUCAAAGCAAGAGUUGUAUUAGCAAUGAAACCACGUGAAGAAGAAUUUAAACGACCAAUGUUUGAUAUUAAAGUUGAUUUAGAUGAAAUUAGUUUAAAUAUCAACCAUGAUCAAUAUUCCGAUGUACUCGAUUUACUUGAAUUUCGAGAUUAUCUUAUUAUUCAAUCAAAAUAUAUUAAAUAUCGUAUUAAUAAUGGUAUAAUAGUAAAACCAAGUGUUAAAAGAUGGAAAUUUGCAUAUGAAGCAGUUGUUAAUGAAGAAAUUCGACCAAGAUUUGAAUGUUACAAAUGGGAAAAUAUUAAACUACAUUUAGAUCGUUGUAGAGAAUAUCGUUCACUUCAUUUUCAAGAAUUAACUGGAAAACCAACAGUUGAACAAAAACAACGAGCACAAGAAUUAGAAAAAAAACUUGAUGUUUUUAAUUUAACAUAUAUUCGUCGUAGUGCUGAAAUAGAAGCAAAGAAAAAAAAAGAUAAAGAACCAAAAACGUGGUGGGGAGGUGUAUCGAGUUGGUGGAGUGGAAAUAAACCACCAGAUAAUCCAGAACUUGAUUUAGAACAAGUCAUGUCACCAGAGGAAAAGAAGAAAUUAUAUGAUGCUAUUGGUUAUGAAGGAGAAGAUACUUCUACAUCAACUUAUCCAGAAGAAUAUAUCGAUAUAGAUUUAGCUAUUCAAUUAAAGUUGCUUGAUGUUAAUGUUUGGUCGAAAAUUAAUGAAAAUGAUGCUCAAUUUCGAAUUAUUGCUCGAGCAGCUAUACCUGAUACUAGUUUAGUAUUUAAACGAAGACCAGCAACAUCAGCUAUUGCAGUCUUUGUUGAUUUGGGUUCAUUUCAAGUAUUUGGUAUAGCUACAGAUUUAAAACAAUCUGAAUUUUCCAAUAAUAGUCGUCCUGUACUUGCUCAACCUGUUUCUCGAUUAUCGUCGAUAUCUAAGCAACAAAAAUUAUUACAAGUUGAAUUUGAAACAAAUCCAUUAGAUAAAUCAUCAGAUUAUCGUGUUAAAGUUGUUUCACAAUCUCUUGAAAUUAAAUACAAUGCCCCAACAAUUAAUAAAUUAGCUGAAUGUUUCGAACAAGAUACUCAACGUAAUCUUCAAGGUGUUAAACAAGCUGCUUAUUCAACUUAUACAGAUGUUAAACAUCGUUCUUAUAUAUUAAUGAAACAUAAUAUUGAAAAAAUCAAAGUUUUAGAUAUUGAUAUUGAUCUUCAAUCAUCUUAUUUUCUUUUACCAGAAAAGGGGAUUUACCAAGAUGGUGUUUCAGCGAUUUGUAUGGAUUUCGGUCAUUUAACAUUAAAACGUGGUAUAAAACCGAGUGAGAGCGGAGAACAAGCUACUUCACUUAAAGAAGCAAAAGAUAUUGAAGAAGCUCGUGAAAGAUCUUAUACUCAAUUUAAAUUAAAACUUGAAGGUAUUCAAUUAAUUUAUGCGAAUCAAAAUGAAAGUUGGGAAAAAGCUCGUCAAGAAAAAAAUACAAAUAUACAUUUAAUUAAACCAAUGGAACUUGAUUUAGAUGUUGGUAAAUGUAUUUAUAGUGAUGAUGCUGUUUUACCUGCUUGGAAAGUUGCUGGAAAUCUUCCUAGUGUAGAUUUACGUUUAUCCGAUAAACGUUUAUUUCAAAUAAUGAAUCAUGCUCAAUCAAUUCCAUUUCCUGAAUCGAAACAUCCGGUCGUUGCUGCACAAUCGAAUGAACCAGAACCGACACUUGUACCAUCAUCAAUGAGUAAUCCUGAACAAACAUUAGAAGCAGUCGAAGGAAUGACACCAGUUAUAAAAACUAAAGAAAAAGCUGAAGCAGAAGAGAAUAAAGAUAAACAAAUUCAAAAUAAAGAUACAACUGAGAAAAAAAAAGAAUUUGAAGGUCAAUUAACACAAUUAGAAGCAACAUUUACACUUGAUAAAAUUGAUAUACAUAUUGAUGAAAGUAUGAAGGAAAAAAAUGAAGAUGCACCAUUUCUUCGUUUAACACUUGAAUCGAUUGUUGCUCAAACCAAAAUAAAAACAUUUGAUAUGGAAUUUGAUGCAUCAUUAGCUAAUUUACUUGUCUAUCAUCAACAAUUUAUUGGUAAAGAUAAUCAACAAUUACGUUUAUUAUCAGCUCAAUUAGAACAAAAUACUAAUAAUGAUGAAAAUCAAAAAUUAGUUAGUGUCAAUUUUCUUCAUACAUCACCAGAAAAUCCAUUAUUUUUAACGUCAGAUUACAAUGGAAUUGAAAAUAAAGCUCAUGUUCAUUUUAGUAAACUUGUUGUUACAUUACAAUUAGAAGCACUUUUAUCAAUAUUAAGAUUUCAAGAUACAUUAAUGAAACAAUUACCACAAGAUACACCAGAAAAUCAAGCAAAAAAGAAACAAGAAGAAGAAAUGAAAAAACAACAAGAACAAAAAAAUGCUGAAGAUAAAAAUAUUGAUAAAACUGGAAAAGCUGUCCAGAAAAAAGAUGUACCAGCAGCACCUUCACUCAAAAUUGAUGCUGAUUUAGAAGAAUUUCGAAUAAUACUUGCAUCAAAACAAGCACAAUUAUUUGAUAUUCAAGUUCAAGGUAUCAAAGCUUACGUAUCACAAGCACCAGAAAAGACAUUAGUCAAUUUAAUUCUAUCUGAUUUAUGUAUUUUGGAUCCAUAUAAAGAUGCACGAUAUCGCAAAAUUAUAUCUCAACAAGGCGAUGAUAAAGAAUUACUUCGUGUUGAUUUAUCUUUAUGUAAUUAUCCUGAAGGAUAUCAAAAACCUAUUGAUGUUUUUGAUUGUGAUGUUAAAGUUCAAUUUGCUAAAGCAACUAUUCUUUUUCUUUUUAAACAUAUCGAUGCACUUUUGGGUUUUCUUGAUUCAUUAAACAUAACUAAAGCAGCCCUUAAUAUAGCAUCGACACAAGCUGAUGCUGCUUAUGAACAAGUACAAAAACUACAAGAACAAGCAUUUAAAGUUCAUCUUGAUAUAACAUUUAAUGCACCAAAUAUUAUUAUUCCAACAAAUUCAUAUUCUGAUCAAGCACUUUUUCUUGAUUUAGGUAAAUUAAUAUUAAAAACAAAUUUUUAUGAUGAUCCAAAAAAAUCUCUUGUUGAACAACAAAAUAUUCGUUUCGAAAAUAUGCUUGCUAGUCGUGUUAAACUUGAUCAAGAUUGUAAUAUACUUGGUGAAGCUAUUUUACUUCAAUGUGCUGAAUUAAAUACAUUAAUCAAUCGUUUACUGUAUCCAGAUAAAGUUAAAACUGAACCCGGAGUUUCAAUUAAAGUUGAUUGGGAAUUAGUUCAUUUUCAAUUAGCAAAAGAUGAUUAUUCAUGUGUUAUGCGAGUUUUAAUGGAAAAUUUUUCAGAAAAUAUUCGUGACCAAAUACCUGAAGGUUUUCAAAGUGAACAAUAUCAUUAUAGACAAGAGGAACAAGAAAAAGAAGAAGAAAAAUUAAGAGCUGCUGUUAUUAAGAAACAAAAAGAAUCUAGUAGUACUGAAGUAUUACCAACACUUAAACUUCGAGCUGAAAUCAAAAAGUUGGCAUUGUCACUUUAUCUUGGAGAAUCAGACUUGAGUGUUCGUCGUGGACCACGCAAUGAUAAUUUAAAAUUAGCCAAUGUUCAAAUCGACGCUUUUGAAGCAUUAUUUCGUCAACAAUCAGAUGGAAGUUAUAAAGCAACAGCACGUGUGAAAAAUUUCUUACUUGAUGAUUUACGUGCAACAAAUAAAUCAUCGAGUGUGACACGUAUGAUGGAUAGACAUUUUACAGUUGAUCCUAAUGCUCAUAUGCUUGUUGCAUCAUUUGAAUUUAAACCAAAAAAUCAAUCACGUCCAACUGCACUUCGACAAUUAACUGCACAGCUUGAAAGUCUUUAUAUUUCUAUAAGUUUGGAUUAUUUAAUGAUAUUACAAGAUUUUUUUGUUUCUGGUUUACCAUCGGGUAAUGCUGAAACACCAAAACCGGGUGAACAGAAAGCAAUAACAACAAGUGAACAAUUAGAAAAUGAUCCAAAUCGAACAAAAAUAGAUAAGAAACCAACACCUGUUACUUCAAAAACAACUGUAGCACCAUCAAAACCUACGACUACUCAAACUACAACUGCUCAAGAUGCCGAUACAGAAGUUGAAACUCGAAUAGAUGUUAGUGUAAAAAAUCCUGAAAUUAUUUUGCUUGAAGAUCAACAUAAUUCAAAUUCAAAUUGUCUUGUACUUGAUUUAGCUUUACAAUUACGUAUGAUUUCUAUUGGUACUAAUACACAAUUAUAUGGCUGGUUAAAAAAUUUAACAGUUUAUAGUUCAAAUUUUGCUGAAUUAAAAGACUCAAAUAAUUCUGGAUCAAAAAUAAAGUAUCGUAUUUUACAACCAGCUAAAGCUGAUGUAUAUUUAACAAUGAAUAAUGAACAACAAAAGAUGGAUGUGCGAAUAUCGGAUAUUAUUGUUAGUAUUGCACCAGCUGCUAUUCGAACUGUUAUUGGUGUUACAAGUUCAUUAGGAACGUUACAGGCAGUUGCGAAAGAUGAAGCAGAAAAACUUAAUUCAAAAUCAUUAUUUAAUCCAAAACCUAUAAAAGAUGGAAAUUUUUGGUUUACAAAAGAUAAUGAGAAGAAAACUGAACAAACUAAUGCAUCAGAAACAGCUCAAGGUACUUCAUCACAACAGACAGCUAUUAAAGCACAAGAAGAAAUACAAAAACCAUUAGCACAACAAUUAAUUUUAACAUUGGAAACAAUCGAAGUUAAACUUGAAGUUGGAUUAGGUUCAGCAACAAAAUCUGUUGUAGCUAUGUGUUUAUCAAAUUUAACUGCUGAUGUUCAAAAUUGGUCAUCAAAUAUGAGUCUUGCAUCAACAGUAAACGUUGAAGCAGCGUUAUACAAUGAAAAUAGGUUGAGUUGGGAACCACUUAUUGAACCAACAAUUGUUUCUGAAGGUGCAGGCCUUUCGCCAUGGUGUAUUACAUGCUCAAUCGUACCCGCUCUUCCAUUGUUGGAUAAAGCAGAACCAUCAGUAACAGGUGCAAAAGAACAAAAAGAAGAUGUUUCAUCGUCAAAAUCUAAACAACUAAUACUUGUACGUGCUGAUCAAUUACUUAAUAUAACAAUAACAAAAACUGGUCUUAAUCUUGUUCAACGUUUAUCAGCUUUAUUUAAUGAUGUUUAUAAUAAACGAUUACCACCAAGUGAUGAUGAUGAUCAACCAAUGUUAUCUUUAUGUAAUGAAACAGGACGAGAAUUAUUUAUUAAUAAUUUAGAUGGUCUUCAAUUUGCUACUGAUUCAUCAUUACAAUCAAUUACUCUUCAAUCACAUGAAUCUAUUCCAUUAAAUGUUUUUAAUGAACGUCAAACAACUGGAAGACUUUCAGUAAUUGAUGAACAAAGUUUUAAACAACGACAAGAAUUUUCUGUUAAGAUUGGAGAUGUUGUUAAAACUGUUAGUAUAAGUCGAACAGGAAAACAUGUUUAUGAAUUAGGACCAUCAUUAAAUUCAAAUUGGCCUAUUCAAAUGCUUUGUGAUGCUCAAAUAAAAAAUGAACGUCGACGUAUUGUUCUUUGUUCAAUUGUUCGAAUUUAUAAUAAUACAACAUUACCAUUACUUAUUUUAAAUGUUGACUCAACUGAUCCAAAAAAAUAUAAUCGAAUAGCAAGAAUAGAACUUAAUCAAGAUUAUCAUGUGCCAAUGGAUUUACUUUAUGCAUAUGCAAGUUCACCGAUAUUUGUUGCAGUUGACGAAGGUGAAGAAGUAAACGAUUUUUUUUCAUUUGAUUGGGAUAAAGAAUUUUCAACAGAAAGAAUUCUAAAAUUAAAAAAUGGAAAUCAAGCCAAUUUUAUUGUUUUUAAAGAAUUAACUGAUGCUUAUUCAGAAAAUACUGAUCAACUUUCUGUAACAAGUCUUAAUCUUUAUAUUCAUUCAGCACUUCAUUUAACUAAUCUUUUACCAAUUGAUAUUGAAUGUUCAAUUGAUAAUGUCGAACAUUUUACUUUAACACCAAGUCAAUUAUAUUUAGUUACAUCUGGCAGUAGAAGUUCUUCAUUAGUUUUUACUAUUCCAUCAUAUGAUAAUAUAAAAUGGAUAUCUGAGCCGAUUGAUUUAAAAGUUGAAGGAAAAGGUGAUUAUAAUGAACAUCUCGUUAUCUUUCGUAAUGAUGCUGCUCCAGAUCCUCAGCAAACACUAAGAAUGAUUUUACGUGUCGAUGCUUUUCAUGAAUCAUAUCGUUUAUUAUUUUAUUCACCAUUGUGGAUUCUUAAUCGUACAGAUCUUAAACUUGAAUUUCAAAUUGAAAAUAAUCGAACAUUUAUUGAUGUUAUUGAAAGACCACAUUUAGUUUGUCCAGAAAAAAUUGGCAGUGAAGCAAAUAAAAAAGGACAAAUUUGUGUUUAUGGCGUUGGUCAAGGUGAUACAGCACCAAAAUGGUCAGAAAAAUUUUCUCUCGAUGUUAUUAAAAGUACGGGUUUGACAAGCUGUAAAGUACCCAAUGAUCGAACAUAUAUGAUUUGUGUGGAUAUUGCAACAAGUUCAUUUGGUUUAACAAAACUUGUUACACUUUCACCAGCAAUGGUUAUUAUUAAUAAAUCAACUGUUGAAAUUGGAAUAGUGGAAACUGUAUCGAAUGAAGAACAAGGUAAAUGGGAAACGAUUAGUCCUGAACAAUUAAUUCCAUUUUGGCCACGUAAUAUAAAAGAUAGUUUAAUGCGUGUUCGUUAUACACAUAAUCAAAUAACAUCAAGUCCAUUUAAAAUGAAUCAAAAACAUCGAACACUUUUACACAUGGAUGACGAAGAACGGCCAGCGAUUUAUGUUGAAGUAACAGCAACAGAUUUUGAUGGUGUCAAAAUUAUUUUUGGAGAUUAUAAAAUUGGUGAUGCGCCUUUACUUAUUGUAAAUUGCUUAGCAAAUGAGCCUGUUUCAUUGUGUCAAGUUAAUGAUGUACGAACACAAAUUUUACCACCAUUAAAUUUUGUUUAUUAUACGUGGAUAGAUCCAUUAUUACCAAGAGAAUUAACAGUAUCAUGUGGAUCUAAAUCAGCAAAAUUAGAACUUAUCCCUCAACGUGCUACAUUCGGUAAAGAUGGUCAACAUAAUGUAACUUAUGCUGUAUUUAUUGAUGGUAUUCAAACAGUUUUACUCUUUUCUGAUGAUGAGAAAAUAGUAGAAUCAGCUUCAAAAACAUUAUCAGUAGCUGAAUCUAUGGAUCAACGUAUACAAAUUGGUAUACAUGAUAUUGGCAUUUCUAUUGUUAACGAUGUAACACGAGAAGAAAUGCUUUAUAUAAGUUUAAAUAAAUCAAAAGUUGUCUGGACUGAAAUAAAAAAGAAUCGCUGUAAACCAUUAUCACGUAGUAUAAAUACAUAUUUAGAAGAACUAUAUACAACUCAUCUUGAACAAUGUGAAAUGAAUCCCGACAAUAAAGAACUUCAAAAGAAAAAAUAUCAAAUGGAAGGAUUUCGAGAAAUUUCAUUUCAUGGUGAAACAGCAGAGUUAGUUCAUUCUAAAACACAUCGAAAACAUGCUAAACGACAAGCAUUAGAUGGUCUAUGGAUUGAAUAUGCAUGGUCAAUAUCAGAUUCUACAAUACAUAUACGUCUUAAUCGUGUACAAAUUGAUAAUCAACUUGAUUACACAAUAUUUCCUGUUAUGCUUCAUCCAAGUAUUUCAAAAGGAACAGGAUCCGAUUAUGUUGAAAAACCAUUUAUUGAAUUAAGUGUUUAUCAAUCUAAAACAGCACAAUCAAAUAUAAUGCAAUUUAAAUAUUUUAAAAUGCUUAUUCAAGAAUUUGCCGUUCAAAUUGAUCAGGGUUUAAUUGUUGCCAUUCUUAACUUUUUAAAACCAGAAAAUAUUAUCGCAGCACCAACAAUCAAUAUGAGUACUGAUUUAGAACAAAUUCAAAAACCACUUAAUGCUAUUAUUAAAGCACAAAUUGAAAGCCCAGCGGGUGAAACAGAAAUGGUUUUUGACAAUAUUCAUUUAUCACCACUUAAAAUUCAUGUUAGUUUUUCAAUGCAUGGCUCAAAUCCAAGUGAGGAAUUAUUAGCUGAAUAUCCAUUAGUUGGAUUUCUUUUACAAACAUUAAAUGUUGCUGAAGUACAAGAUGUUAUUUUACGUUUGGGUUAUUAUGAACGAAAUCAUGAAAAAUUUACAACAACAAAAAUAACAAAUGAAGUUUCAUCUCAUUAUCAAAAUCAAUUUAUGAAACAACUUCAUGUAUUAGUACUUGGACUUGAUGUACUUGGAAAUCCGCUUGGUGUUAUUCGUGGUCUUGCGGAAGGUGUUGAAUCAUUCUUUUAUGAACCAUAUAAAGGUGCAAUUGAAGGUCCAUUAGAAUUUGCUGAAGGUGUAGCAACCGGUUUUAAAGCAUUAUUUGGUUCAGCUGUUGGUGGUGCUGCUGGUGCUGCUUCAAAAAUAACUAGUGUAGUUGGAAAAGGUUUAGCAAGUUUAACAUUUGAUGAAGAUUAUAAAAGUUCACGUGUUCGACGUAAAGAACCUGGAACGACUGCUACGACACAUAUUGCUAUAGGAGGAAAGAAUGUUGUUAUGGGUUUUGUUGAUGGUGUAAAGGGUGUUGUAACAAAACCAAUACGAGGAGCAAAACAUGGUGGAGCAACAGGCUUUUUCAAAGGUUUAGGACAAGGUGUUGUUGGUCUUGUCGCACGACCAACAGGUGGAGUUGUAGAUUUUGCUAGCACAUCACUUGAUUUAAUCAAAAGAACUGCUCAACAAGAAGAAGUUGUUCGCCGUAUUCGUUAUCCACGUCAUGUUGGUCGUGACGGUAUUGUUCGACCUUAUGUUGCUCAUGAAGCUACAGGAUUUUAUAUUUUAAAUCGAUUAGAAGAUGGAACUUAUGCCAAAUCGGAUACAUAUGUUGCUCAUAUUACUUGUUCAGACAGUCCGCUGUCUUGGUUAAUGGCAACAUCUAAACGAUUAUUAUUUGUUACUGAAGUAUCAUUUCUUGGUUUAUAUGAAGCUGAUUGGGAAAUACCAUAUGAAGAGUUAAAAGAUGAACCAAUUAUAAAAAUAAAUACAAAUCAAAUUCAAAUUUUAACCAAAAGUAAAAUUAAGUCAUCUGUAUUAUUAAGAGCAAAGAAGAAAAUAUUAUCAUCUGUUGUAGAGGACAUAUAUUAUGAAGCAAAAACAACUGGAACUAUAAGAUCGCAUCAAUCAUUUGGAAAAUUAGUUAAAUUUAAAACUCUAUCUGAUGCUAAAUAUAUCGUCGAUAAAAUUGGAAGUGCGAUGCAUAUCGUUGGUCUUUAA